CCCUCGCCCUAUUAAAAGUGCUCUAGAACAUUUUCUGACUAGAAGAAAGACGUGGAUAUCAGUGAGCUUCACCUCCGCGCCACUGUACCAUCCAAAUAUGAGAAGGAAGCCCGAAAACAAAUUUCUCGGCUUAGCCGCCUGUUUGGUGCUUCUACAUCCCUGGUGCAUGCUCCAAGGAGCGCCAACGAGAGCCACUGUUUUCCCUCGACUCCUCCAGGAACGAAGUGACAGCGGUGAGCUAGUAGUCUUCAUUAGUCCCGAUCAGAUUCUGACUUUAACCAAAGCAUCUGUGCUGCGGGAGAGAUUGGAAGUGACAACGUUUGAAUAUGACAAGCAAGUUCUUCACUACAUGAAUGGCUCAAAACUCGAACAAGAGCUCUAUCAUGACCCAAAAGCACGUUCUGCUGUCCUCUUGACGCGUAGGCCGAGACUCAGGCUGGUCGGAUUACUCAGUCCGACCGAGCGUAUACAGCCUUCAAUCGUCAACAUAUUCGAUGAAGGAGAUGCAGUAAGCCACGAUAUACUUCCUCUUGCUGCAAGCAAUGCUGAUGUCCAUUAUGAAGGCACUAAUCUUUCACUUGACACCCACAAUGAUACUUCGCAAGAAUAUUCAGACAGAAAGUUCGAAUCCAGGUCUGGAGGAAGUACAUACCCUCUAGACGUCACCUGUGAAACGGGCAUCGCUGUUGACUCGUCAUUCUGGAACUCUUUCAGAGGAAGGAAGAAGAAACUUGUGCGAUACCUUGCUGUCCUCGUAGCAUUCGCGAACAUGAAGUUUCAGACCUUGCAGGCCAACAUCAUAAAGCUCAAGGUUGUGAUCACGCGAAUCAUCAUUUACUCGAAAGAAAAAGAAACUUUUAUUAGAAACUGGAACGGUGAUCGCAGUACCAUGCUUGACAGCACACUUCACGAAUUCGCUACCUUCACACGCAACGACGACUUCAAGAACGACGAUAUCGUUGUAUUAUUCACGAGCCGUGACUUGGCUACAAGAUCCACUAAGUCCAUUGUCGGUAUUGCGUCAUUAAAAGGGGCGUGCGGGUUGUACAAGACGGCGAUUGUUGAAGACAUGCCGUUGACGUUCAGGAGCGUUCACACCACUGCGCACGAAAUCGGACACUUACUGGGCUCAUACCAUGACGGCACAGAACUUCCACAAAGACAGCCUUAUGAGGCAGACCCGAGCCGGUGCCCUCCUCAUGAAAAGCACAUUAUGACACCAAUCUUGGGAAGGGGGAUGCGGCCGACCUUCUCCUAUUGCAGUACCGUCCAAGUUGCGCAGUUCGUGUUGAGCUCAGACGGAGAGUGCCUAACCAAAACUAUGUUCAGAAAAACAAGAAAAAUUUAUUAUGAUGACGUUACGAAGACUCGCCCUUCACUCGAUAAAUUUUGCCAGCGUAGCCAUGAGGAUGUCCAAGGCACCACUUACCAAGAACCUUGGGAAGGCCUCGAAGAAUACAAACUUGAGAAGUGCAUGAUUACUUGCAAGGACCCAGCAAGACCAGGAAGACUUAUGAUCGACGAUGCUCCAGAUGGCAUUGAGUGCGAAAAGGGAAGUCGCAGGGCCGGACCCAAUACGCAAGUGAAUUCUCAGCCACCUUGUCAUGGAGCGUCCACCUCAACAGUCCAGCGUGUCACCGUCGGCGUUCCUCGAGAAAGAGAUGCCCAAGAUCUACGACCAGGUCAGGGUUCACAACCGGGAGUCCACGGGACAGCCUCUGAAAAGCUGGCAGGCAUCGUUCUUCUCCAACCCGAAAGAAGACGGCAAAUGCGACGAGCAGUAUCUGGACAUCGGUUGCGGGCCGGGUAACUUCACGCGUAACUACCUGCUCCCGCUAUGCCCGCCAUCGAUGAGGAGACUGGUGGCGGUGGACAACUCGCACUACAUGAUCGACUACGCUAGGCGAGAACACGGCAACCCGAAGAUCGAGCACCGCAUGCUG